AAUUGCUAUCUGAUUACUAUCCGCCAAUGACUAUAUCUCCCCGCCUCUUAAAGGCUGGAAGGAUAAGCCCCAAGCCUAUAACGCAAGCGUUCGUAACGAAUCAGCUAACAAUCGUGGUGGGUUCCGCCACUUCGCACUCAGAUACAGUAACCCAUCAUCGAAGACGCGAGAAUCAUAAGCCGAAAAUCGACAUCCCUGAAGGAAAAGAGGCUUACUACGUCCUAAGUUUGCAAACGAACGCCGCACAUCAUCGGGCCACGUGCGUCAUGCGCGAGCAGUACUUCCCAUCCUCCCUUCUCCGUGUGGGCGCCCAUAUCUCUCUAUUUCGCGCUUAACCGGCUUCUGGUCUUACAUCUCUUAGGGAAGAUAUCACAUCAGCAGCAGCACGUAUAACAUCCUCCAGGAUUUGGGCUGUGGGCCUGCCAAUCACGAUGGGGCGCGGAGGUGUGGCGAUUCCGGUGCUAGGUCUCGAGCCAGUAGAGGGUUUAGUGAGGGAGCUCCGGGAGAAGUGGCGUAACGUGUUAAGUCGGCAGGACUGUGGUGCGUUUCGUGGUCACUACACGGUGAUGGAUAAAGUAGAUGAUCCGGAGAC